AAGUAACCAGUCAACAAAUACGGGAAGUGAAACUAUUUUGGAUUUCGCGUCUUUUAUCGAAAUAAAAGAUACAAACGCAUGCCUAAAUGUCGCACAAAACGAAGCUGAAAGACGGAUUUUACCGUGUAGAAUUGAAUAAAACGGUAUGGGAAGUUCCCAACCGAUAUGAAUCCCUGACACCAGUGGGAAGUGGGGCCUAUGGACAAGUGUGUUCAGCCCUGGACAAGCAGACCAGCAGGAAAGUAGCCAUCAAGAAGCUGUCCAGGCCUUUCCAGUCAGCCAUCCAUGCCAAACGCACAUACAGAGAACUGAGAAUGUUGAAACACAUGGUCCAUGAAAAUGUCAUAGGGCUGUUAGAUGUAUUUACUCCCACAGAAACAUUUGAUGAUUUUGAAGAAGUUUAUUUAGUAACGUCACUGAUGGGUGCUGAUAUGAACAACAUUAUUAAGUCACAGAGGCUUAGUGACGACCAUGUACAGUUCCUUAUCUACCAGGUCUUGAGAGGAAUGAAGUACAUACAUUCAGCUGGAAUUAUACACAGAGAUUUGAAGCCAAGUAAUUUAGCUGUAAAUGAAGACUGUGAACUAAAGAUUCUUGACUUUGGUCUUGCACGUCACACAGAUGAUCAGAUGACGGGCUAUGUCGCCACUCGCUGGUAUAGGGCUCCAGAGAUCAUGUUGAAUUGGAUGCACUACAACCAGACAGUGGACGUGUGGUCGGCAGGCUGUAUAAUGGCAGAGAUGUUGACAGGGCGACCGUUGUUCCCAGGGACAGACCACAUUGAUCAGCUUACUAAAAUAUUAACCCUUGUUGGCUCUCCAAAUGAAAAACUUCUAGACAAAAUUAGUAGUGAAGAGGCCAGGAACUACAUUCAACAGCUGCCCAAGUGGGAGAAAAGAGAUUUCAAGAAAGUCUUUGAGGGAGCAAAUCCUCAUGCUAUUGACCUGUUGGAGAAGAUGCUAGACCUGGAUGCGGACACACGUAUCACUGCAGAGCAGGCCCUGGCCCACCCAUACCUCAAGCAGUACGCCGACCCCUCGGACGAGCCCACUGCCCGCAAGUAUGACGAGUCAUUUGAAGACAUGGAGGUGGAUAUAGCUGAAUGGAGAAAGUUAGUAUACGAAGAAGUAAUGAAUUUCCAACCCAUCAAUACCAUGGACAUGGAUUAAAUGCAUUCGGAGGACAUGAUUCUGGCCAUGUAGACUAUCAUAUGCAUAUGUUUGCUUUUUACUAUGCUGCACUGUGAAUUAUGUUUGGGGAAAAACUGUAACUGAGCCAGGCUUUGGGAAAAUGUGUCUUAAUUCAUGUGCAGUCCACACAGGCUAAUCAGGGACGACACUUUCAGCCUAGACUGAAUUUUUGUUUGGAAGAGACUUCCUUUAAAUGAAAAAUUCAAUAUAAGACUGCACAGGCUAAAAUUAACCGUCGCUUAACCCUUUGCAUGCUGGGAAAUUUGUCGUCUGCUAAAAUGUCGUCUGCUGAAUUUCUUAAAUUAGCAUUUUCUUUAAUUUUUUUGAAAGAAUAUUAUCAGAAUAGCAAACAGUUUGGAUCCUGAUGAGACGCCACGUUCUGUGGCGUCUCAUCUUGAUCCAAUUUGUUUGCAAAGGCCUUCAAAAUUCGGUUCCCGCACUGAAAGGGUUAAAGCACACGCAUUAAGCCCCAUUUCCCCAGAGUGAGGAUGAAAUAAUGCAAUGUGUUGUAAUCUGUUGAGUAACAUUGACUACUAGUAUCUCAGCACAGAAUAUAGUUAUCUUGGCUCAAAACAUAGACGGUCGUGGUUCAAAAUAUCAAGUUACAGUGUUCUUUGUAGUAGUAAAACAGAAACGUUAAGGUAGUCAUUUAUUUUUUAAUGUUGUAGCAACAUUGUUUCUGUUAAUUUAUCAAUAGUACUAGAAACAAAUCAUGAAACUAAAUUACAUGUACAUUACAUGUGCAUUGGUUUGGUCAAUUGCUUCCAAAGUUAGGAUUAUAAACUUGUGUACCAGUAUUGUCAUUUACUGUAUAAUGUUUCAUCAUACCAUCUGUAGUCAUGUUUUCAAAAUCAUUUGCAGGGUUAUAUUGCUUAUUUUCAUUUGUUAAGCUUUAAAAAUUAAUGUUAUCGUAGUUAACUGCAGUCUUUUGGAUUCUUAACAGUGUUAUCAAAUAAUUCAAGGUUUAUGUAAGAAGAAUUAAAGAAUUUGUGAAACAAAAAAUAUUUCAAUGAAGUAAUGAUUUUUUAAUCGUUUACUUGUCAUCUCUGUUAAUUAUAACUAAAGGAAUAAUGCUCUUUUUCAUAUGUCAUACAAAAAAUUAACGUGUUAUUUAAAGCAUGGAAUAUAUUCUGAUCAACAGAGAUUAUUUUUAGUUCAUUAUUUUCUAGUUGCCUGUUACUUUUGCAGAAUGCCAUAAACACUCCCUGUGUGUAAGCCUUUUUGUUCAUUUCCCAUUAUUUCUCAAAUAUACAUUUUAUUAGCUCGGCUGUUUUUGGAGAAAACUCCGAGGUAUUGUCAUAGCCUCUCCGACGUCCGGGCGUUGUGCUAAAACCUUUACAUUGGCUCUAAAAUUAAAGUGCUUCCACCUACAACUUUGAAACUUCAUAUGUACAUGCACCUUGAUGAGUUCUACACGCCACACCCAUUUUGGGGUCACUAGGUCACUGUGACCUCUAAUUUAAAACUUUGCCUCUAACAUCAAAGUGCUUCCACCUACAACUUUGAAACUUCAUAUGUACAUGCACCUUGAUGAGUUCUGCACGCCACACUCAUUUUUGGGUCACUAGGUCAAAGGUCAAGGUCACUGUGACCUCUACUAUUAAACUGAAACUUUGCCUCUAACAUCACAGUGCUUCCACCUACAACUUUGAAACUUCAUAUGUAGAUGCACCUUGAUGAGUUCUACACGCCACACCCAUUUUGGGUCACUAGGUCAAAGUUCAAGGUCACUGUGACCUUUAAAAAAAAAAAAAAAAUCUGACAAGCUUUCGCAGCCGAGCGUGGCACCCGUUAUGUGGUGCUCUUGUUUAUUGAAUGAUUGAUUAAUUCAUAAUGUUACCCAGGUGUGUCAAGAAUUGGUGAGUGAGUUUCGACAUCUUAAUAUAUUUGUUUAAAGGAACUUUUCACAGAUUUUGGCAGAUAUUGAAGUUUGUCAUUAAAUUCUUUAUAUUGAUAAAUGUAAACAUUGGAUCUUUAAUGCUCCAGUAAAAACAACUAAAAAAUUAAAGAAUGAAAAAAAGUUACUCUUAACUGGGCUGAAACCACUGACCACGGGAGUAAAAAAGAACAGUAAAGCGCUUAGACCACUCACCCAUCAGUGCUCACACAAUGAGUUAUGUAUUUUAUUCUUUACAUAAAAAAUCCUCAUACUGUCACAAAAUAUAAGGACAACAACAGAACUCUCCAAAUUAUUCAAUCGUUUCAGGUUACAAUGCUUUAGAAUUUUCAGGUUUUUAAAUCGUCAAAAGAUGCAUACAAUGGAUAUUUUAAAGCAUGGUAAAUGUUCAGUAUUACUGUUUUUUUCACAUAUAUCAUCAAUACAAUGAAAAUUUGCGAAUCUAACACAAUUUAUUUUACUUUUGUCAAUUUACCAAAACGUGAAAAGGUCCCUAAAAGCUUCAUCAGAUGUUAUUCUGUAGAAGCACAUAAUGUGGGCUUUUGCAGAGCAUUAUUGUUAUGAUGUUUUAAUUGUGUCAAUCUUUUGUAUAAUAUUGAAUUAUGUUAGAAUUGCAGGUACUGAUCAAAUUGUUAUUAUGCUCAUAAACAUGAACUGAAAUCAUAAGACAAGUUGUUAGUUGAAAUGUCGCUAUAUUGUAUGAAUUGUUUUAGAAUAUAUUAAUGUAUGUUUUUUUUUGUAUAAUUUCAUUUUCCAUUUAAAAGUUAAGAAAAACAAAUUUUGCAGGACAUAUAAAUUAGUGUGCAACAAUGAUGUAUACAAGUUUGCUAAGCCAACUAAUAGUUGUUGCUAACGACUUAAGUGUACUUUGUUUUGAAUAAAAAAUAUUUUGAGAGGAUAGUGAUGGUAUGUGAAAAUACAGAAAACUUUUUUGGUAUGUAAUGUACAAUGUGUUUUUUUAGGGGGGGGGGGGGGGGGGGGGGAACGGCAAGGCUUGCAUAUUUACAUGUCCAUGCAGUUCAUAGUGUGUUGUUCUCAGUAUGAAGGUGGUAACUUCACAAGUGAACGAAAAAUUGUCAUUUGUACCGGUACACAAAUAUUCAGCAUCAUAAUACUAUAAAUAAAUUUGGUUUACUUUUGUAAAAAAAAGACAAGAAAAUGAUUGUACACAGAUGUACAUCCAAAGAAGUUUUAGUUAUCAAUGUUCACCCACUUUAUAGAAAUGUUAACACUAUUCGUUGUUAAGUGGAUUGUUUCAAAUUAAAUAGUUAAAUGUCAUCUGUUAAGACUGUUAGUAUGUUUUUUUUUGUAAAUAACUAAUAGUUUAUCUGUUUUCAUAUAUAUAUAUAGUAGUUUUCUUAAAGGAAAAUAAUAUUGUUAUGCAACAUUACUACAUCAUUUUAUGUAAACUCAAUAGAUAAUAAACUUCUUUGUAAGAAUU